GUUAGUUUCCUUGACAACGUGUAAACAUAUCCGGAAAAUUAAGUAAAUACAUAACGUUAGAAUAAAAAAGAAAACGCAGCUCACAGGGAAAAUGAGCAAGACAUUAGAUACAACAUCUCUGUCAGAGGCCUUCAUACAGUUCCAAAUUCAGGUUAAAAGAGAAGAGAUUCAAGAUUUUGAGGAAGAAAUAUGCCAACUAGAAGAUAAGAAGCAAAAACUGAUAAAGCUGGUCUUAAGUGUCAACAGUAUGUUUGUGAAGAUGAUGACGGAAAGAUUAAACUCAAACACGUGUCUGCAGCAGGAGCAGCUGAGAGAAGAGCACAGAGGUCAUGUGCGUGAACUGCAGAAGAAGAUGAAGGAGCAGGAGAGGAACCUGGAGCAGAGGCAGCGAGAAGAUGAAGAGCAGGUGGAGUGCACGGCCCGGGAGAACCUGGAGCUCAAACACAAGCAAGAGAAAGAACUAGAAGAACUGCGCUGUAAGCUUGCAAGGCUGCAGGUGCAAGUGAAGGAACUGCAGGAGGAACAGCAGGUAUGGCUUCAGUAUAAGAAUGAGGGCAGCAUUAAAGACCAGCAAAAGAUACAGAAACUGGAAAAAGACAUUGCCUUAACACAAAGGACCUUUCAGGAGAUAUCAGAAUAUUUUCAGAAAUCUCUGGUUGUGGCUAUCAAUGAAACGGAGCAAAAAGUAGCACAGAGUUUAAAGGAUGGAAUUCAGCUCGCCUUUGAGAGAGCGAAAGAAAACCUUGAUAACACGAGUAAACUAGAGAUUAAAGAAAUGCAUUGGCUGAAAAAACAGGUUCCCCUAUAUAACGAGAAGGUUGCAGUGUUGGAAUCCACCGUCCAUAAGUUAGAAGAGGAAAUCUUGGAUCUUGUUUCCCUCAGCCCAGGCAAUGAGUUUCUUGUGCAAUCUGCAAGCCUUGGGUCCCAUGACACUCACAAUAUGGACAGGAACAUAAUGAAAAUAAACCCUGAGGAAACAUCAGAGCUGGUAGACAGAGCCCGGUAUCCCCUGCACCCAUUAACAGAAGUCAAAGGGGCUCAACAGAAAAGCAAUGUGACCGCCUCUGGUAGCACAACAACUUCCAGCCCACCUGACUUUAGUGAAAUGUUCAGCAGUCAGGCUGAUUUCACGGGGCCGACGCAUCUGGGCUCGCUGGAGCAGAAGUUGCUGUGGGUGAUAGGUAAAGCAUACCCCCUGCACCCACCACCAAAUGAUCCUGCGGAUAUGGGCGAGGAGAUGACCUUUGACCUGCUGCAAACUGAAAGGUGGCCGGUUACAACAGAUAUCAUCCAUAGAACGUUUAAACAGUCAAGUUCACAGUCUGGAGAAGCUGAUGAUUCUGUAAACGACACCUGUGAAAUUCAGCAGUUGGAUAAAAAUUUAAUUACAAAUGGUGAAUAAUUCCUGUACACUCAAAAUAAUAAUAAAUUAUACUGUAUGUAUAAUUAUAUAAACGACAGCUGUGAAAUUCAGCAGCUGUUUUAUAAUAAUUAAAACGGGAACGGCAAACAAUUUAUGCAAUCCAAAAAUAUAUAAAGAAAUAAAUAAUUUAUAUUAAAAUAAGUAAUACUUUGUAUGUAUGUGAUAUAAAUGAUUAUACACAGACAAACAGAACACAUAAUUAACAAACAUACACACUUAGUUCUGUGGAAGCUGCACUUUAUUUGAAAAUCACCCAAAUUCUGCUUCAUUUUUUUUGUCAUAUAAACAAAAUAUAAUCUGCAGGGAUGAUGCAGUUAAUAUGCGAAAUCAAUGGACAGAAUCGCCCUCAUAUUCGGACCACCUUUUGUGUACUUCCCUAUUGGACAGGGCCUGUUUUAUGUACACGGGGCACUGAUCAACAGCGCCCCCUUUCGUCCCGCCACUGGACCUACAGCUAGACACUACCGACCCCAUCCCGAUACAGACAGCAACCUGCAUUUCUCACUCACAUUCACACACUCGCACCCACAAACACACACACAGCUGUUCUCCUCCCAGAUGGCCCGGAAACGAAGGCGACUCUGCACAUUCAGGUUGAAAAUGCAGCCAUAUAACGGUCAAAUGUAAAAUAAUGACAUGCCAAGCAGAAAGCAAUACAGAUCUUCCCCAAAUGCAAUGUCGCUGAAUCACAAAUGUAGUGCUUUGCUAAAUG